AUGGGUCAAGCAAUCUCCGAGAUCUUCCCUCCAAAGCCUAGAUGGCUGCCCGAGAACAUGCCGGACAUGACGGGCAAGGUCGCUGUCGUCACCGGGGGCAACACCGGUAUCGGGAAAGUGACGUGCAAGUACCUCCUGCUAAAGAACGCCAAAGUGUACCUCUUCUGUCGGUCCGAGUCCAAAGCCCUCGCCGCCAUCGCGGACCUCAAACAACAAACGGGAAAAGAAGCGCUUUUCGUCUCCUGCGACCUGUCCGACCUGUCCGCGAUCAAGGCGUGCGCAGAGGAGUUCUUGGCCAAGGAACAGAGACUAGAUGUCCUGUUCUGUAAUGCGGGGGUGAUGAUGUGUCCCAUGGAUAUGUUGACGAAGCAGGGGUAUGAUAUGCAGUUCGGGACGAAUGUGCUUGGUCACGCGUACCUUACGCUACGUCUUCUUCCCCUUCUGCAGACCACAGCCAAAUCAUUCGGCCAAGCGCGAAUAGUGACAACAAGCUCGAAUGGACACCUCGGUGCCCCCUCUGGCGGAUUCAGCUACGCGACGCUGCGUGACGGUCCUGCGCGCAAGAAGCUCAGCACAACAAGCGCGUAUUUCCAGAGCAAGUGGGGAGAUGUCGUUUGGUGCAAAGAGCUGGCAAGGAGGUACGGGAAGGAUGGGAUCGUUUCCACUUCUCUUAAUCCAGGAGCGAUCAAGUCGGAGUUGCAGAGGUAUAUGUCUGCGCCGUUGACAUGGUUGGUCAAGGCGACGGCGUAUGACGCAGAUCCGUACGGAGCGAUCACCCAGUUGUAUGCGGGUACAGCUCCAGAGGCGCAGUCGCUGAAUGGCCAAUACCUGAUCCCCUGGGCUCGUCCGGCGACGGCAAGAAAAGAUACAGAAGACGAAGCAGCAGGCAAAGCGCUCUGGGAAUGGAUCCAGGAGCAAGUGAAGGAUUUCUGAGCGCUCAAGAAGACAACCGAACAUGUGAUACGACACAUCGGUGGGAGGAUUGUAUAUAUUUGUCUAUUAUAUUCAAUUUGGCCGGACUUUAAUACAUUAGCUCGG